AUGGUCGGUACAACAAACUCUCGGGACAUAAUGAGACUGGUGGUGCCCGGUUGUGUGAACGACGCGCGCAGCAUACCAGCGCUGCGCGUGUUCGUGCUAGCAUCAGCUAUGGCGCUCUAUUUGACUAUGGGAGCAUCAGUGUUCCAAGCCAUCGAAAGCCCAUUGGAGCAGAGCAUCGCUGAGAAACUCGAUCAGCUCAAGGCGCAAUUCCUCCAAGACCAUCCGUGUGUCACUGGUUUUUUUGUCAAUCUUUAUUUAAAAGAGCUUAUUUGCAAUUACAAAUAUGACGCUCCCUACACAAAGCAAAAAUUAGCUGCUUUUAGGUUAACAAGUAUUGAAAGUAACGCUAAUAUUACUUGGAAGUCUUGGAACGUUUGUUCGUCCAAGGCCGCGGAACCUUAUUACGCUUGUCCCGCAACCUUAGAUCAUACCACUGUCAGCCGGGGUUGCGGGGUAAGCGCAAUGGGCCUCCGCGACCUCGGCCCAAAGCAGGAGAAGGAACAGGUUUUUAGUCCGUAA